UGAAAGGAGUCCAUUUUGGCCAGGCCCCUGGUCUCAUGCAGCCGUUCAGCAUCCCCGUUCAGAUUACACUCCAGGGUGGCCGGAGGCGCCAGGGGAGGACAGCCUUUUCUGCCUCAGGCAGAAAUAGAAAUAUAGACCACGAUGAUGGAGACUUACCAGAUGUGCACAAGAAGCUGCCAUCCAGUGCUGGAGAGGACCGAGCCUUGCUGCUGGGCUUUGCAAUGAUGGGCUUCUCAGUCCUCAUGUUCUUCUUGCUUGGAAUUACCAUCCUAAAGCCUUUCAUGCUCAGUAUUCAGAGAGAAGAGUCGAACUGUACUACCAUCCACACUCAUAUCACGGACGACUGGAUGGACUGCGCUUUCCCCUGUGGUGUAGGCUGCCGAGGCCGGGGCGAGUACCCAUGUCUUCAGGUGUUUGUGAACGUCACCCAUUCAGGUCAGAAAGCUCUCCUACAUUAUAAUGAAGAGGCUGUCCAGAUAAAUUCCAAGUGCUUUUACACACCCAAGUGUCACCGAGAUAGGAAUGAUUUGCUCAACAGUGUGCUGGACAUAAAGGAAUUCUUUGAUCACAAAAACGGGACUCCCUUUUCAUGCUUCUACAGUCCAGACAGCCAAUCUGAAGAUGUCAUUCUCAUAAAAAAGUACGACCAGAUGGUUAUCUUUCACUGUUUAUUUUGGCCUUCACUGACUCUGCUAGGGGGUGCCCUGAUUGUUGGCAUGGUGAGAUUAACACAGUACCUGUCCCUGCUGUGUGAAAAAUACAGCGCUGCACUCAGAGAUGAGGUAGGUGGCAAAGUACCUUAUAUGGAACAGCAUCGAUUCAAACUGUGGAGUUUGGGGAGGGACAAAGAAAGGGGCAGAAAGAUCUUAAGACAGUGGCCAGAUUAAAGUCCUGGCCUUCAGAUACCUGCAAUUUUUUCACCUGUGGACCUAAUGACGCCUGCUCGCAAACUAACCA